AUGACGUGCAUGAUAGUGAAUGUAUUUAUGCAUGAUAUAUUGGGUGCAAAUUGCCUAGACACCACGGGUGCAGGGUAUGCAGAAAAAGCUAUAUAUGCAUUAUUGAACGCCCACCCUUGGUUCCACGACAAUGCUACGUGUGACGGUGUAGACUUCGACAAGACCAACGUAGCCGGGGGUAACUUAAGGAACACAAUAAGAGACUGGAUAAAGAAGGAAAAGAUAAAGUGGGGCGAUACAGAAGCUGCAGGAAUAUUAAACAGUAGGUGUAAACAGUGGAGGCAAGAAGGACAGGGAGACAUGAAGAAGGAAGAAGCUAAGGACAUGAAGGCCAACAUACGGGACACAGUGAACGAGGUGACGAGGAGUAUAGACGACGAUAGAACAGAAAUACGCGCCAAGGUGGACAAAAGGAUGACAGAGCUAGAACACGCAAAUAACAGUAGUGGAACGGGAGAAGCAGGGCUAGGUAAAGCGGCACGACCUCCUGCCGAUGCCGCGGCAACACCACAGCAACCGGCAGGUAAGACCAAUGAGAGAAAGCACACAUACGAAAACGCGGCCCGCAUGUAA